UGAUGUGACAACUAGAAAAAGAAAGAUAAGCAAUCAGCAGCCAAAGCCCGAUCCACCUUUUUUUCGAGACCCUCAAAACUGAUGGCUACAACCUCGUUUUGACCAUCUCUCUGCACGUUUGCUCAGUUUCCUUUGGGUUGAUACAUAUCCUCGGGCUUUCCCUAGCUACUCUCUUUUACUUUCGAGGCAGCGUGCUUGAACUCUGCUGGCACUCCGACACAUCGCUCUGAGUCUGACAAAACGCCCCUAGACCCCCCUUACAGCUCAGCUACGUUACACGCACCACAAUGGCGUUCAACAUCCCCCCUUUCAUGGACGCCACGCUCCAAGCGGGCUUCAUGGGCGCUCUCUCCAAUGUCCUGGCGCAGUACAUUGAGUCGCUCAAAGUAGGAGAGGAGCUUGAGAUUGACUACAUACCCGUCUUUCGCUUUGUGCUCUUUGCCGUUCUCACCACGCCCAUCAACUUCUUCUUCCAGUCCUGGCUGGAGGCCACCUUUCCCUCGCGUCCGGCAGGCCCCCACCCCAAAAAGUCCGAUGACAAGCCCAAGGAGCCUAAGCUCUCCGUGCGCAACACCAUCAUCAAGCUUGUCCUCGACCAGACCCUGAGCGCCACGUUCAACACCCUCGCCUUCUCCAUGUACACGCGGGGCCUGCAGGCCGCCAUGCACGACGCACCCAAGGAGACCUCCAUCUCUAACGCAAUUCGCUUCUGGAACUCGCCUGGCUCCAUCAAGUUUGACGAGGUGGACUGGGCCGGCGUCUGGAGGGUGGCCUGCGAUGAGUUCUGGGGCAUCUACGUGGCCGGGCUGAAAGUAUGGCCUGCCGUGGCCGUGGUCAAUUUCACCGUGGUGAAAGAUGUCCAGACGAGGAACCUGGUAGGCGGCAUGGCCGGUAUCGCAUGGGGUACGUAUAUGAGCAUGCUUGCAAACGCGUGAGCAAACUUGGGAGGUAGGAAUCGUCGUCAAAGACGUGGCAUACGGUUUCAAAUCUGCAAACGACAUAUUCGCCCGAUGUAGAUGGGUUGGAGUACUUCGUAGUACAUGUUUGGGUUACAUGGAGGAUAUAUAAAAAUGUACAUUGCGCUAGCGACUUGAGGAUA